CAUGUGUAGACAGUGAGCUGUGCUGCGGUGGAACAGGGGCUGGAGACACACUGCUAGAGAGAUGGCGCGGCACCCGACCGGAGCGCAAGGACAGCUGGUUGGUGGUGGGGGGGCUUGAAUUAUAAAGAGAAUCAGAAAAUUAAGAGAGUAAUUAUUUAAAAAAAAAAACAACUGUCAAGCAAAGGGGGAUUCGGAAGAGGAGUUUUCAUUCUGCAAAACAGCGUGCGAGGUAGGGGAAUAAUGAAAUAGGUGAAUGUAAGGACAGAGAAGAGGCAAUAGCAAAGGAGGCUACUGCAAGAAAAAAACAACAACAAAAGAAAUUUGAACUUUUACUGGACGUGAGGACUUCUGGACAUCAGCUAACUGGGGUAGGUCAGAUAGAUGGUUUGUCCACAGCGCUGCCCGGAUCAUGAACGCACAGCUGUCGAUGGAGAAUAUUGGCGACCUGCACGGAGUGAGCCAUGAGUCCGUGUCCGGUCACGGAGAGCUGCUGAGUGGCCACAGUCCACAUUCCCGUCCGAGCCCUAGGGGUUUAAGCCACCGUGCUAUGGGCAUGGCGACCCUGCUCGACACCGGAGACUAUCACCCCAGCCACUCUGGACACUUGCAUCCAGCCAUCAGCAUGUGUGAAGCCCCCCCUGGCAUGAGCGCGAGCAGCACUUACACUACCCUAACCCCCCUGCAGCCCUUACCCCCCAUCUCCACCGUGUCCGACAAGUUUCCUCCCCAUCAUCAUCACCACCACCAUCCACAUCAUCCUCACCCGCACCCGCACCAGAGGAUCCCCGGAAAUGUUAGCGGCAGUUUCACGCUAAUGCGAGAGGACCGGAGUCUGGCGCCUAUGAACAGUCUGUAUCCCGCAUAUCAUCACAAGGAUCCGUGCAUGGGCCAGAGCCUCUCCCCGUUAUCCGGUUCCGGUCUGGCCAGCAUACACACGUCCCAGGCCGGCAUCCCCCCCUACGCUCAUCCUGGUGCCGCUAUGCCUGGUGAGAAGAUGCUCACCCCGAGCGGGUUCGAGGCUCACCAUCCGGCCAUGCUCAGCAGACAUGCGGAGCAGCACAUGAGCUCCUCAGCUGGUAUGGUACAAAUCAACGGCCUCCAUCACCAUCCGCACGCCCACCUUGGCGCGCAGGGCCACGGCCAAGUGCUGGGGAACAGCCGGGAGCAGGCCUCCGGGCCCGGGCAGCAAGGGGGCGGCGGUGGAGGGGGUGGUGUUUCUGGGGGACAGAUGGAGGAGGUGAAUACCAAAGAGGUGGCGCAGAGGAUCACCACAGAGCUGAAGCGCUACAGCAUCCCUCAGGCCAUCUUUGCCCAGCGGGUCCUGUGCAGGUCCCAAGGGACCCUGUCCGACUUGCUGCGAAACCCCAAACCCUGGUCCAAGCUUAAGUCCGGCAGAGAGACCUUCCGCCGCAUGUGGAAAUGGCUGCAGGAGCCUGAGUUCCAACGCAUGAGUGCGCUCAGGCUCGCAGGUGAGCGAAGCCUCGCAUGUAAGCGUAAGGAACAGGACCACGGCAGAAGCGAGCGGGGAAAUUUGACCAAGAAGCCCCGGCUUGUGUUCACAGAUGUGCAGCGGCGGACACUCCAUGCCAUCUUCAAAGAGAACAAGCGUCCAUCCAAAGAGCUGCAACUCACCAUUGCUCAACAGCUGGGCCUCGAGCUGGCUACAGUCAGCAACUUCUUUAUGAACGCACGCCGCCGGAGCCUAGAUAAGUGGGUGGAUGACGGCUCUGGUCACUCAGCCAACUCUGGCCCCAACGCCUGCACCAAAGCCUGAAGAAGGACUGAUUUGACCAACUCAUGGACUGACUCAACCUCGGUGGAAAAGCUUUAAAACUUAAGAGAAACAAAGAAAACUUAAAAAAGACCUUGAAGCAACGUUUUGCCCUUAAACCUGUACUAUAUUGAUAUUUAUAGUAUCCAAAGAUGAAAAAACAAACCAAAGACUUCUCCUUUGACCUGCUUUACAAUGUUUGUUUUAGCAACACAUUUAUGUGUAACAUACUGCAAAAAGACUAUAGUUUUACUCCCCCUCUCACACACACUCGCUGUCACUGGUCUCUAGCUUUAUUACACCCUCCCCUCACCUCCCCACCCAGUAUGAAUCUAUCAUUCGCCACUGUUAUCUUUAAUCUGAUUGGUUGGUUUUGAUGAUGGGUCCCUAAACAGAGGUUUAAUCAGCCUCUUGACAGUCUGAUCUGCAGUUGUCCAUGGCCUCGAAAACAGCCAGAAUGUGGAGCUCCAGUGGGAUUGGCCAAUCAACUUUAAAGAAAAAAAAUCCCACAGGAGAGACUGGAUUGUUGUGCAACCUUGUUCGGAUCAGUGGAGCGGACUGUCUGACUGUUUGUCCAACUGUCUGUCUUUCUAUCAAGCAUUCCAGACAGACAGGGAAAUGUCCAUGCGUAGACUGCUAACCCUAAAACCAAAAGGUCCAACCCUAAACCAAACCAAAUAGAAAAGAAUGCCUAACAUCAACCCACAUGGUAGUGCUUUCUUCCAACAUGCUGAGGCAUUGAAUAAUUCAAAAAGAAAAACCAAAGCCUUCUACACCUUGAAGCCUCUUUUGCAGUUUAGAAAUCAAACCACUUAAGAACAUCCUUUGAAGUAAUUUGACCAAAGAAUAUAUUUUGUAGUUGAUAAAAGUAUUUUUUACCUGUUUUCCUCCCUUACCUCCUGAGACAGACUGUUAGUGUGCUCCACGAAGAAGGAAAUCAUACUUGUCCUUCUCCACAGAACAUUUUGAGUCACAUUUAAAUAUUUGCUCCCUGUAAACGGAAAUACUCUAUGGUAUAACCCUAAAAAUUAACUAUUGAUAUUUGCCUUAUAGAUGCCUUCUUGGAAAGAAAUAGACUAUACCACUUUUAACUUCGCAGACACUCUCCUGAAUUAUGAUCAUUGUACUCAAUGUUAAGGUUAGUCAUUACAGCUACAUCUAAUCCUUCUAAUCUGCUUAGCUAAUGCCGGCAGGUUUAGUUCUACUUUAUGUGUUCAAAAUCCAGCACCUGUCAAAGACAAAUCUCUUCAGUUUUCUAUGUAAAACACAAGCUACUGGAUCUAUGUGUGGUUUUGACACUGUGUGAGGGAGCGUGUCAAAACCACAGUGCCUCUGGUGGUUUUAAUAAGCACUUCAUAUGUAUUUGAUUUUAUCUCCUCAUCAAAGAUGUUGGGCGGAGGAGAUGAUAUCAAUGAUCAAAUCACUUUCAGGCGCUUACACAGCAAUGUCAGCUUGUCACCUGAAUACGAAAGCACCCCCGCUCCCUGCCUGCUGCCAAUCCACCCUGCACUUCCUCCCCUCCCUGCCUCCACUCUCCUAGUAAGCUAUGCAUUUCAGCACUAGGAGGAAAGCACUACACAGGGCUGGCCCAGGUCAGCAUAGCAUUAGAUAUAUUACGCUGGCCCCUUGCCGUCAUCCUCUUCAUGGCCAGGGUUAGCAGCUCUACAUUCAUCAGAACAAGCGCUGAAGGAGAGGCAAGAGAGAGCUGCUUUUUCUUUAUCUCUGAGAGAAAAACCAAAAAGACGACAAGAAACCAAAAAAAAAAUGUGUCAAGACCUGCUGAUGUUUUAUAGUGUGAACCAAAGAUGCUACCUCACUCAAGUUCCAUACGUGAUUUUUAUCACUUUGAUGAUACCAAAGAUAACCAAAGAUUUUUUCUCAUUGCACGGCCUCUAUGAGUGGUGUUCAAAGAUGUGAUGUAUGUGUCCCCUCCCCCCUAUUUCCUGUCUCUUUUUCCCUUCUCCUUUCUCCUCCUCUUUCUCCCCCUCCCACCUGCACUCAACCCAUGCACCCCCGCUAUGCGUGCUCUUGCUUCAUCUGUGCUCUGAUUACAGCUCCAUAGAUAGUCAUACUGAUGUAGCUAUAGGCAGAUGUGCUGAACUAGCCUUAGAUACACACAAUCAGCCAUGCUGGUGCCUGUGGGGUACAACUACCUUAUUAGUAAUGUGAUCAGUGGUUGUUCAUAACAGAAACACAUUACUGUCUACCGCUUUGUUGACAGGAAAGGCUUUUAGUUUGGUUCAUUAAUGAUUUUAAAUUUGCAUCUGAAGCCUUACCCCACCAGAGCUCUCAGUGUUGCAGCUUUAUUUCCACCUGGCCUGCCUGUUAGUGUGUAUCUAUAGGCUGAUAAUAUUGAUCCAACAAAUAGGUCAGACAUCUUCACCUUACAACAGGCAGACAACCUGACAUAGCCAUGGGCAGAGUUGAUGACUCAACUAUAGGCAGACAUGUUCCUGAAAGUAGAAGCAGACGUGUUGCAAUCUUUCUAAAACUCCCAGGACGAGUGCCUUGCUUGAACCAAAGUGUUAAACCGCUGUUGACCUCUCACCUUUGACUCUGUGAAUACCUCAGCCUGUAGAAGGGCCACUACUGAAGAAACAAUGAGAAGAUUUUUUUCUUUAAUCACACCGUGGUGCUUUCGCCAGCGCAACCAUGCAAUGAAAACAUACCAAAGGAAUUUUUGUUGUCCACUUCUACAGUUUAAACCAAAGGUCUUUGUUUAUCCUCUCCCCUGCCCGCCCUUCAUCCCUCCAUCCCUCUUUCCCUUAACCUUGCUUGUCUCUCUGCUGUGUGUAGGAAGGUCCAGCACUCUGGCCGUGCAUGUCUUUACCAAUGUGUCUGAAUACCUCAUAGUAAUAAUUCCUUUGAGUUCUGCAUUGAGACGUCUAUCUGUGAGUUAGGCAGAACUCCACUUGUGUGGUAAUUGUUAUUGUUACUUCAAAAAGCUGUAUGAUUAUCUAUUUUGAAGUUGCUGUUUUUUGUUCUGUUUUGUUUUUUGGCAGAAGUGCUCUGUUUCAAGACAUGGAGGACAAGUUUCAGGGUUGAUGUAGGAAACUUUUGGGAUGGAGGGAGAAGCGUAUUUUUUAUCGGACACUGGGUUAUGCCAAUAUUAUGAUGGUAGACUAUUGCUUUUACAGGGUAAAACCAACUGCUGUGAUAUUGUGUUCAUAUUUUCCCUUUUCUCUACUUCUGUGUUGUGAUUUUAAUUUAAUUGCAUUUUUGUAUUGGUUAACCACUACUUUAAUUUAUGCAUUUGUAGAAACUCUAGAUUUGUAUAUAGUAGGUUUUUGGAAAAAAGAAAAGAAACAAAAAAGACCAUUUAUGUUACAGCCUUAUUUCCCAUGCUUAGAUAUAACAAAGGAGUAGUUUUUAUUCUUCUUCAGCUAAAUCCUAGCCGGCAUUUCAAUGUGUGUUUUAAACACUGCCAGAAACCAAGACAGUUGAUUUGCCAAUGCAGACAAAGUUAUACAGGAGCUACUUUGUUGAACAGUUGGCAAAAAGCAGUGUGUACGUGUGUGUGUGUUUUUCUAUUCUUUUGACUUUUUAAAAACACUUAUUUUAUGGGUAUUACUGCACAUCCAAAGAUUUUUAAAACAAACCAAAAAUUGGAAAAAAAAUAUGUAUAAUGUUGAAAAGCACUGGCAUUUGUGAGGUAGACUUGCUGAGUUUUGAUUUGCCAUUCGCACGGGUAUAGAAUGUAGAAGGCGUAGGGCUAUGUAGGCAAGCUUACUCUACCAUGUGGGGAAUCUCCUGUUCAAUGUACAAUCUGGAGCAUUUGAAACGAGGGCUGCAAGCCCCGCUCACUUUGCUGUCUCAUACACAGAGUGAGGUGGAGUUUAGGCUGGGCAGCCGGUCUGCCAGGGGCUGUGCCGCGGAGCUGGGUCUGUUUUUAUUGCCGUGGCACCGCCGCCUUGCUCCAUCUAGUAUCUGUUCUUUUGGUACGUACUCGUGUAAUGACUAUAAGCAAAGUCUAAUAAAACUGCAAAGAACCUUACCAAGGAAUCCGUGUGCGAGUGUGUAUGGAGACGAUUAUUCGGAUUGCUCUUCUGUUUUUCUGUCUGUGAAUGUGAGCGUGCGCCUCAAAUGUCAAGUACUGCUGAAGUAUGCAAGUUUGUAUGUGAGCUCAUUUGCAUGCAUCUCUUUGAUUCUGUCGUUGCCCAUUGUCUAAUGUGUUUGUACUGCAUAUUGUCAAGCUUUUUGCUGAUGUGUAUGCAUGUGUGUGGCUGACUGGUACAUUUUAAAACAGUAGGUCUCUGGGUAUCAGAGGCCGCACUGUUAGUACUGUUUCCUCUCUGUCAUGCUCAGACAGCACAGAGUCUCCACGGACUAAGGGGUCAUCACCAAAAUGUCCAUGACAGAUUACAUCAGGAUGUUAUGCAUUCAUUGUGUCUUGAAUGAAUAAGUACAGAUGCUUUAAUUUUACAUAAAAAGGCCUGUAAAGUGAACAAAAGGAUAAUGCAGCGUGGGCCUAUGUUUUCCUGUUUCCUAAUUCAUCUCUUAUUAUUUGUUUUGCCCAUAAGGAGUUCCCAUAUGAUGGGUAGCUUGGCUACAAGUCUCAUAAUAAUACUGCAGCACCUAAGACAAUCAUCUGGAUCUCUUACGCUGGGGAACUAGUUUCCCACCCGCAGAGGGGUGUCCUCCAGCUAUUCAUAUACAAAGAUGCUUGAAGGGUUUUGAUAAACAAGCAUAUUUGUUGUCAUAGACAUUUAGGAAUAAAUUACAGUAGAAGUUCAUUUUGCACUUGCAUUUCAAAAUGAAAUCUCCUUGCUCUUGUCAGCCUUGUGCUCUUGUCAGACUCGAUCUCUUUCUUUUGACCUCCUUAUCAACUCACAGUGCUUCUUCGGUUUUUAGUCUGCGUGUCAGUGUGUGUGUGUGUGUGUGUGUGCGUGUUUGUGUGUGUGUGCGUGUUUGUGUGUGUGUGCGUGCGUGUAUGCCAGAGAGGCAAUACUGUCGGUGUUACUCUCAGAUGUAAAACUCCAUGUCUCAUGACUUGAUUUGUCAUUGCUGUUUCCCAGGCUUUGCUACUGCUUUCUCAGUGCCGUGCAAUAUCAUCUGUUGUGAUUGCUAAGCAAAUGAUAAAAAAGAAAGAAAAUUGAGAAGCAAGUGAUGAUGUCAUUCAGCUUUUUUCAGUGUUCAAAUGUUUCAACAUUUCUGUAGUCACAAAAAGUAGAAAAUAAACUGUUGGUA